ACUGCGCAUGCGUUGAAAGGCGUAGCUCUUCUCUCUUCUCAUCAUGAGCGAGAGCGACCACAUUGAGUCAGGCGAAGAAGGGCACGUCGAAUCAGUUCGCAAAGAGUUUGCAGUCAAAGAAGAUGGCGUGCUGGCUUAUCGUUUACAAGAACGAGAAAUUGAAGAUUUCUACAGUGAAAAUGUUCGUCGCAACAGAAGUAUGAGAGAAGACGUGAGAAUUGCCAAACAAUUGGAACGUGAAGACAAAUCUAUAGCAGCUGUUUCUCGAGAAAUAGAAAUGAAAGACAGAGAAGUGGCACAGGCAGUUCAAGUACAAUUGAUGAGGCAGGAGUCACAGAUUGCUGAUGAACAAAAGAAUGAUGAAGAAAUCGCUCGGCAGCUGCAGCUGAAGGAAGAACGGAAACUGGAGAGAAGGAAACAGAAGCAAGAACAAGAGGAAAUGCUUAGCAAAAUGCAACCUAUUGGACUUCCUAUUGGUGUUGGUGCAUUUGUUGAACUUCCUCCUAUCUCUGGGGAGGUUGAUAUUAAUGAUGCAAGAUUGGCUCAAGAAGUUCAAGACUCAGAAUAUGCACAAGUGAUGAAUGGUCAGGAAGAAAUUGACAGGAAGAUAGCAAUAGAACAGCAAGACGAGGAGCUUGCUCGUCAUCUCCAACAGAAGGAAAAAGACAAAGCAAGAAAAAGGGAGCAAAAACUAUUGCAACAGAGAGAAGAAAUGAUGAGAUUGCAACAACAACAUCACGUACAGCAGCAACAACCACUGAAUGCUCUUCAUUCCAAUCAACAGCUCCAACAAGCACCACAGACAUUGCAGACUGCCAGUCAUGUCACUCAGCAUCAGAGAACUACUCAACAGCAACCAGCACCUUUAGUGGCUUCUAGCUCUCCCAACACAGCCAGGAAGCAAUCACUUCCAGGAAAUCAAACACAGCCACAUGAAGCAGCUGGGAGGUCAGCAACAACGCGUAGUGCUUCAGCAACUGAACUGGCUCACACGUCACCAGAACAGCAAGAUUCCGCAUCCUCUACUGUAUUUACUUACAAUACAACUUUAUCAGGGCAGAAAGAGGGGAUGUCUGAUGUCCAACUGCUAGCAAAACGCAACUACAAGAGGGGAAGUAGCAAGAAGAAAUGACAGAGUGAAGUGAGUAUAUAUCAUUCCUGCAAUACAUUUAGGCGUUGAGUGUAACAAAAAUCACUCUAUGAAUUGCAUUAAUUUUUGACUAUUAAUUAGUAGUGACGACGGCAUCUUGUAAAAUGGUAUUUGCAAUGACACGUAUACAAUUACGUUCA